CGUUUGGUUUCGUUUUUGUAAGCGCCGGCGGAACCAAAGUUCUGGAGCGACCGGGGCAAGUCGGACCAAUUAGGGAAAAGGAUUAGCGGCGCUCCAACCAAGAGUGCGUUUCCUGGAUUUCACCCUUUGGCCGUUUUAGUUCGCUCCUCCUUUUGUUUUCUUCUCGGCCAUGCAGCCUUACAUGGUAAACAUCAAACUUUCGGCUCGGACCCUCACUGGGGCCCUUAACCCUCACAACAGAGGGGCGGCAGACUGGGGCUGGCAAGGACUGAUUGCAUAUGGAUGCCAUUCUCUCAUUCUGGUGAUUGACUCCAAAACAGCUCAGACCUUACAGGUUUUGGAAAAGCACAAGGCUACUGUAGUCAAGGUUAAAUGGGCUAAAGAAAACUACCAUCACAAUGUUGGAUCACCUUAUGCUUUGCGUUUGGCUACUGCUGAUGCUAGUGGAAAGAUAAUUGUUUGGGAUGUAGCUACAGGAACUGCUCGCUGUGAAAUCCAAGAGCAUACAAAACCAAUUCAAGACAUGCAGUGGUUAUGGAAUCAGGAUGCAUCUCGAGAUCUACUCCUUGCUGUUCAUCCUCCCAAUUAUAUUGUGCUAUGGAAUGCUGAUACUGGCACCAAAUUAUGGAAGAAAAGUUAUGCAGAAAACAUUCUUUCUUUUUCAUUUGAUCCUUUUGAUCCUUCAAAUUUAACAUUGCUUACAAGUGAGGGAAUAGUGUUUAUUUCAGACUUCUCUCCUUCUAAAGCUCCUAUCAGUUCAGGAAAAAAAGUAUACAUUUCCAGCCCUCAUUCUAGUCCUGUUCAUAAUAAGUUGGUAUCUGCCACAGGAGCUAAAAAGGCUCUGGACAAAGUAAAAAUCCUCAUCACUAAUGAAAAACCAAGUGCUGAAUCAGUAACAUUGAAUGACUGCCUUCAGCUAUCCUACCUACCUUCCAAGCGAAAUUACAUGUUAUUACUGUACCCAAGAGAAAUCUUGGUUCUGGAUCUUGAAGUCAAUCAGACAGUAGGUGUAAUAGCAAUUGAAAGAACAGGAGUGCCUUUUCUACAGGUAAUUCCUUGUUGCCAGCGUGAUGGAUUGUUCUGCCUACAUGAAAAUGGCUGUAUAACUCUGAGAGUUCGCAGAUCUACCACUAAUUUAAGUGCUGUACCAAAUGAAGAGUCAGCAGAUCCUGACCCCAUUCAGGAACUCAUCUAUGACUUACGAAGCCAGUGUGACGCCAUUAGGGUUACCAAGACAGUUCGCCCAUUUAGCAUGGUGAGCUGUCCAGUGAAUGAAAAUUCUGUAGCUCUUAUAGUCAGUGAUGGAAGAGUAAUGAUAUGGGAGCUGAAAUCCACCAUUUCAAGCCAAGGUAUACGUACCAGCCAUUCCAACAUAUCACCCUUGUAUUCACCUAUCUCAUUUUGUGGGAUUCCUGUUGGGACCUUGCAGAAUAAGCUUCCAGAUCUGUCACUGGAUAAUAUGAUAAGUGCACUGUCUACCGAAGAUCAAGCAAAAUGUUAUUGUUUGCAAGAAGUGCAUUUGAAGUUCAUUUUAACAGGACUCCUUUCAGGACUUCCUUUGCCUCCAUUUGCUAUUCGCAUGUGUCCACCUCUUACCACCAAAAAUAUUAAGCAAUAUCAGCCCCUGCUUGCUGUGGGAACAAGCAAUGGGUCGGUCUUGGUGUAUAAUCUUACUAGCGGAUACCUAUAUAAAGAAUUAAGCAUUCAUUCCUGUGAAGUCAAGGGUAUUGAAUGGACAGGCUUGAAUGGCUUCCUUUCAUUUGCUACAUCUACACCUAAUAAUUUGGGAUUAGUGAGAAACGAAUUGCAAAUGGUUGAUCUUCCCACAGGUAGGAGUAUUGCCUUUCGUGGCGAGCGAGGAAAUGAUGAACCAACAAUUGAAAUGAUAAAGGUGUCCCAUUUGAAGCAGUAUUUGGCAGUUGUUUUCAAAGAUAAGCCUUUGGAAUUAUGGGAUAUCAGGACAUGUACGCUUCUCAGAGAAAUGACUAAAAACUUCCCUACUAUUACUGCUUUGGAAUGGUCUCCUUCUCAUAAUCUGAAGAGUUUAAGAAAGAAGCAACUUGCAGCCCGUGAGGCGAUGGCGAGGCAAACAGUGGUAUCAGAUACAGAGCAGAGCAGUCUGGAGUCUUCAAUGAUCAGCUUGUUGCAGGAAGCAGAGUGUAAAUCUGAAUUAAGUCAGAACAUUUCUGCUCGGGAGCACUUUGUUUUUACAGAUACUGAUGGACAAGUUUAUCACUUGACAGUGGAAGGGAAUUCUGUCAAAGACAGUGCGAGAAUUCCUCCUGAUGGAAGUAUGGGCAGUAUUACAUGCAUUGCCUGGAAAGGUGAUACCUUAGUUCUGGGAGAUGUUGAUGGCAAUUUGAACUUCUGGGAUUUAAAAGCUAGGGUAUCCAGGGGCAUUCCCACCCACCGAGGCUGGGUGAGGAAGAUACGCUUUGCUCCUGGGAAAGGAAACCAAAAGCUGAUAGCAAUAUACAAUGAUGGGGCUGAGGUUUGGGAUACAAAGGAGGUCCAGAUGGUAAGCAGUUUAAGAAGUGGCAGAAAUGUCAGUUUCCGUGUACUUGAUGUUGACUGGUGCACAUCAGAUAAAGUGAUCUUAGCUUCAGAUGAUGGUUGUAUCAGAGUGCUAGAAAUGACAAUGAAACCUGCGUGCUUUAGAAUGGAUGAACAAGAAUUGUCAGAACCCGUAUGGUGCCCAUAUCUUCCUCCUCCAAGAGCAUCCUUAGCUUUAAAAGCUUUCUUACUUCACCAGCCUUGGGAUAAUAAGUAUUCUUUGGAUAUAUCAUAUAUCAAUUAUCCAGAAAAUGAAAAUAUUAAAAAUAUGUUACAAGAGCAGUUAUAUUCAUUGUCCAAUGAUGUCAAGAAACUUUUGCUUGAUCCAGAGUUCACUCUUUUGCAGCGAUGCUUAUUGGUUUCAAGGCUGUACGGAGAUGAAUCUGAACUACACUUUUGGACUGUUGCUGCCCAUUAUUUGCAUACUUAUUCCUGUAACAAAUCAUUAACCAUGAAGGCAGAAGAUGUACUUGCUUCUCAAGAAAACUCGAUCAGUCCGCUAGAUAUAUGUUAUGAUAUUCUCUGUGAAAAUUCCUAUUUCCAGAAAUUCCAGCUUGAAAGAGUCAAUAUUCAAGAAGUUAAAAGAUCAAAUUACGAUCACACAAGGAAAUGCACAGAUCAACUCUUGCUUUUGGGCCAGACUGACAGAGCUGUGCAGUUGCUUUUGGAAACCAGUGCUGAGAACCCUUAUUAUUAUUGUGAUUCACUCAAGGCAUGUCUUGUCACCACAGUUACUUCCUCAGGCCCUUCCCAAAGUACCAUUAAAUUGGUAGCAACAAACAUGAUUGCAAAUGGAAAGCUGGCAGAGGGUGUCCAGUUAUUGUGUUUAAUAGAUAAAGCUGCUGAUGCCUGUCGUUACCUACAAACCUAUGGGGAAUGGAAUCGAGCUGCGUGGCUUGCAAAGGUUCGCCUGAAUGCAGAAGAAUGUGCAGAUGUUUUGAAGCGUUGGGUGGAUCACCUUUGUUCUCCACAAAUCAAUCAAAAAUCCAAGGCAAUCCUUGUUCUACUUUCCCUGGGUUGUUUCAUGAGAGUGGCUGAGAUGUUACAUAGCAUGAGGCAUUUUGACCGAGCUGCAUUGUUUCUUGAGGCCUGCCUUAAGUAUGGUGCUAUUGAAGUUAAUGAAGAUGCAAAGAAAUUAAUCCAUGCAAUAUUUGCCGAUUAUGCCAGAAGUCUGAAGUCUCUAGGGUUUAAGCAGGCUGCUAUUUUGUUUGCCACAAAAGCAGGAGUACCAGGCAAAAAUCUGUUGAGUGAACUUGAACAACAGAAGGAGGGAGUCAAAGAAUGAGAACUCUUUUGAAGACAGCUAGAAGUUGUGAUUUCCCAUGGGAUGAGUCAUUGGUGCAAUAAUACUUAAGAAACAAAGAAGGUUUUUUUAAAAAAAAAAACGUAUCUUUUAUCACAAUAGAAAUAUAAGUAAAGAAUGUCUUGUAUUUUGUUUUAACAUUGGUAGAAACAGUUUUGGUAUUAAGCAAUGCUAUAUUGGUCUUUGACUAACAACUGUGUUGGUAAAAGCUUUUCAGCAACUGGUUAUUUAUCUUAAUGUAUGGUUUAAAAUUUGUGAACUAGGCUCAGCCCAAUAUUUUCCUGCUCCUUGUGAUUUAAGAUUGCCUCCACGUGUCCCAUGAAGUUAUACAAAUAAUACUGAAAAAAACCUUCACUGCACAAGUCCCACAGAUGUAUCCCAUCAUUCUUUGAAACCAUUGCAUCUGGUUUUUCUGUAUUGGUUUACAAUUACUUAUGGCAGUCAGCACUACAGCUAUACUGACGUUUCAUUGUGAAAUGUGCAUCUGCGGGAAAAUUCUUUUGCCCCAAACAAGUUGCAUAAAACUGAGUAAAUUCAGAAAGUAUCUCAAACAAUCCUGGAGACUAAUCAUAUAUAUAUACUUGUAGUUAUAUAAAGCAUCUGGUCUACCCCAAAAUGGGAGGGAGCAUACUGCUUCCCUUUCGCCUUUCAGCUCCAAUCCAGGAGCCCUCAAGCAGUCGCAUUCACAACAACCCAUUUUAUACCAAAUUUCUCCCCAGGCUCAAGCUGAUAAAGGGAGGAGAACUUGUGGUCAGAGGUUAAUACAACUGCCUAAUAUGGAGGCAGCCCAAGUUCGAAUCUGAAUAAGGGUAUGGCUAGCUGAUGAGAGCUAAAUAGCUUGAAAUAGAUCUAUACUAGUCUCCCUUUAUUUCUUAUCAGCAAAUAUAAAUUUGGUGUGUGUGUGUGUGUGUCUGUAGUUAUAUAAAACUGCAAAAUGGCCUUACACUAUUCUGUACAAAUUUCCUUUGAACAAAUAUAUAUAUUUGUUCAAUAUAUAUAUAACAAAUAUAUAUAUUUGUUCAACUAUAUAUUUUAUACGGUAUUGUUCAACUGCCAUUUUGCAGUUCCCAAACCUAGUUGACCAUGCCAUUUUAUUCCCAACGGAGGUAAAUCUUAGACAAAACAUUUGUAGUUUUUCUCCAUACACCUCAACUUGUGUUUAAUAAUUAAUAUUGUAAACCAGGGAAUUGGGAAAAAGUCAGGUACGAAAUUCUGAGGGAUCAACUGGUUGUCCUUUGCAAUAAUAAUAAUGUAAAAAAGGCUAUCAAGUUCAUCAUCCUGUUUAUCCCAACAGCCCAAAUCCUGAAGGGAGAAGCAUGCUGCUUCUGCCUUUGGAAGUAGCUUGACAGCAUCACAUAAAGUGAUUUCUUAUCAUUUAAUUUUCUAUGAACUUAUUUUAAUCUCCUUUAAAGCUUUCUAAAUAGUGGCCAUAAUAAAAGAGAACCAGAUUCAGAUGAUUUUGACUUAGUUGCAUUUAGUUUUACUCUAAUAGCUACUUAAUAGAUCUUUCUGUUUUAGCUUUUUAAUACUUUAUAUUGGUUCUUUCCAGUGUAUAUCAUUUCAUUAUUUGUGUUUAAUUAGAUACUUACAAAUAAACUACAAAUUGCCCCUUUUUGGUUGCUGAGGUUGUCAAAGCCUUCUAAUUCUAUUGGGCUGAUUAUCUUAUAAAAUGAAUUGGUAUGGUAUAAAUCUAAAUAUCAGAAUAUAUUCAGUCUUCGGAGCAGAGAGAGAUUACUAUAGCUGUAUCCAUCUUGAUAAGCCACUCCAUAAGGGCAUCAUUUAAAUCUAUGGUGAUAGGAAUAAAUUAAUAUAUAGCAGCUUUAAUAAAUUCUGCUUCCAAGCCCUCUGAAAUAAACUUACUUGUAGGAUCAUAUAUUAACCAAGGGUGUAUUAUAGCAUGGCAAGGCAUAUUUUAGCAUUUAAACUUGUCUACAAUAUUCAGUCGAAUGUGCUUGCUGUUAGGUUCUUUUUCAAUUUAAUGUUUAAAAUUUCACCAUUUGCAGUAGAAUUGAAGCUCUGCUGAUGUUAGCAAGCUGACAAUGAUUGAUUAUAAAAAUCAAUCAAUUAAUAGUGUUGUAUUGAAGGACUAUUGCGGAAAAAAAGUUUUUACUUGGAUCGCUACAGUUGUCCUGCUUAAUAGUAGUACAUUUGGAACAAUGAAGAAAUAGUGGAAAGGUAGAGGAAAAGCCCAGUAUUUCCUAUAAGUUUUCAGAGAGAAACACUUUUACACUUGGAUCGGUAAAUACUUCUGGUAAACUAGGUAAUCAGUUCUGGAUGUGGUGUAAAUGCAUGAGACUAAGAAUUCAUUUUAACGCUUGAAAUUUAAUCAGUCUCUAUAUCACACAAAGCAGUUCACAGAUUAGUAGAGUAGUGUAUGUUUUUAUACUUUAUGUUAUUUAACUGAUUUCAAGAGCACUGGGGUUUAAGGUUGAGAACACUUUAAUCCUGAGCUGUACAUUAUUUCAACCACAGGGGAUUUUUACUGUUUCAGGUCUCUUCGUUAACAAGGUAGCGUGAAUGGGUUAGUUAGUGAUAGUUUAUAAUGAGUAUGGUUGAAUUAAAAUAGCUGUUAAUCACAUGAAACUAAAGGUAAUUGGAUUUUAUAUAAAGCAUGUCUGAAAAUAACUAUUCAGAAGUUAUUUGUGGUAUCUGAGUCCAUUUAUACAGUAUUUCCAAUGCAGCGAUUUAGGAAAAUUCAGCAUAAAAGCAUUCUUUUCAAUUUUGCAAGACUUAAUUCAUUAAAUAUAUUUUUUUUAAAAUUUAAGUUGUAGCACAUUUAUAUGUUGUCAAUCAUAGCUGUUGUUCAGAUAAAUAAAUGUACUUGCAUACAGACAUAAUGCUGUAACUACUGUAUACUAUAAGUCAAUGCAAUAGGAAAUUAAGAUUUCACUUCAUUUGGAAAAAAGCAGAUAAAUGUAACUAUUCUCUUCUAAAUCAAGCCAUCACCAUCACGAGUACUGUGAAGCUUUAUACUGCCUGGUCAUGCUAAAAAUCUGUAUUAUUGCAUGCACAUGCCUAACUAGAUAAUUCAAGGGUAUUAACCACAUUUUCCUGACAACAGCUAGUAAAAAUGUAUAUGUUGUUAUUAUAUAAUGACAUUAGUGUUACCUUGCCUGCCCUCUACAAGCUACGAUGAAUCAUUGCGGAAGCCUGAUUUUCAGUUCUGAAUAUUACUCCCAGCUGUUUCUAUGUGACUUGAUAAGAAGGUAAACAUUAUAUGCAGACAAACUCUGCCUAUAAUGUCAAUUAGGCCUUUAACAAAAACCAUAUAAUAUUUGAAUGAAUGCUUUUGCUUCAAUGAAUAUUCAGAUAAAGCAGUGAUGGUGAACUUUUUAGGCACAGAGUACCCAAACUAGAAGGUAUGCGUGCGCAUGCACACCAGACCGCUGGAAAAUUGACAACCAGCUGGCAGGUGCACAUGCAUGCCUCAGAAACCCGAUGACCAGCUGGCAGGCGCACAGGCACGUCUCAGAAACCCAACGACCAGUUGACUGAGCUGGAGUGAUGGCGUGCGUGCCCACAGAGAGGGCUCUGCAUGCCAACUCUGGCACGUGUGCCAUAGGUUCGCUACCGCAGAGAUAAAGCAUCCUUCAUGAAGUAACAUAGCCGCUUCUUUUCUAAGUUACCAUUUUGCAUUACUUUGCUUUGCAGCCCGUCCCAGGCUUCUCUGCAGAGCUUGUAGUGUCUUCCAGGCUGGACACUUUCAUUAAAUACUAUGGGCAUUGCUGACACACCAAAGAAACCUACCAGAGGCCUUCCUGGUGUGCACCAAAGCUCUUCCAUGAUGGACAGAAUCAGAAUAUGCUGAAUUCCACCACAUGCAUUGAUGCUGUCCAACAUUGAAGCAUUUUGGCCAGUUCCAAGGAACUGUUUACUUCGGGCAAAAAACUUGUCAAUACAAGUCUAAAUGACUUUACAUAGGCCUAUUAAUCAGCUAGGUCUUGAGGAAAUACACAAUAGACUAGGUUUUAGAUGAAAAAAGGUACGCAUAAAAUAAAUAAAUGUAAGUAAAAUAAGUGUAAGUAACAUUCCUAGCUGUAUUCUGAGUAGUAGUUGUUUUACUGUGAAGUGGAGCUAAUAAAAUUAGCUAAUUGUUAAUUACAGCAUUUUAAAUUAGAUUAUUGUCAUUCCGGAAAUCUGUGUGAUGACAUUAGGCACUUUUAAUUGGUACUGUGUUGUUUAAAAUAAGCCUUACUUGUAUUACAUGUACACUUCAUAUGUUUACUACAAGUACGGAAUACUCAGAAGUAAAUCCAACUGGACAUAAUGGAUAUAUUUGCAAUUAUAUGUGUGUAGGAAUGCAGCCUUAUUGCAUUAUUUAUAUAUUUUGUACAAGUUGGAAAUUGUUUCCAUCAAAAUCUUGUUCAAAAAUGAAAAUUAUUAUUAAAUGUUUUGUUAUGUUGAAAAACAGAAAUUAAAAUCAAUUUUUAAAACUA